AUGGGCUGGAAUUCGUGGUUGACAUUGUCGACGUUGACGGCGGGUGCGGGCGCGGUGGUGGUGGAUCUAAAUUGGCAUCCUCCACGGAAUACCUCCGUGAAUGACCUCGCCAUGGCACUGCACGGGAGCGGUGUUUACGGUUUUAUUUUCAACUCGUCGCAUACCCCCGAUGAACAGUAUGGGACGUAUAAUUGGUGCAAUAUGCCCCAUGUGCGUAGGGCCGAGUAUAAGAGGGCUGCGAAGGAAUAUGAAUUGAGAUAUGUUGAGGUGAUCCAAAGACACCACAAACGAACGCCCUACGCUAGCAAUGCAUUCCCCGUGGAAUCGUACCACUGGGACUGCGACGACCAAGGGCUCUACUACUACGGCGCGCCCUUUCCCAGCAACAACACCGAUGUCAAAAACACCAAGCGUCCCGCGCCGGGCUUCUGGAAAGGCUUCACUUCUCCCGUGAACCCAUUUAUCCCCUCGGGAUGGAUCGGCACAUGCCAGUUCCCGCAGAUCACGAGCCCCGGCCUCGAGGACUCGUACGUGCACGGCGAGGACCUAUACGGCGUGUACCACGAACUCCUGGGUUUCCUGCCCGCUCGCUCGGACGACGCUGACGCCUGGCGUGACAAAGUGACCUACCGCGUCACGAACAACGUCAUCACGAGCCAGGUCGCGGGCAUGCUGAUCGGGGGGACAUGGCGCACGACGAAUCCUAUCCCGCUGCGCAUCGCUGCCGCGGGCAUCGACAGUCUCGAACCACAGUACCCCUGUGCCACGGGCAGCAAACUGUUCAACACCAUCAAGUCCGAUGCGGCGUGGCAGACCCAUCUCGACGCCGCGAGGGAUGUCUACGCUGUUCUAGAUGAUAUCUCCGGCGUGCCGCCGACAGAUGCUGGUUUCCAUGUUAGUUUCGAUCAUUACUUUGAUAAUCUGUCCGCGCGCCAGUGCCACGCGAAGCCGUUGCCGUGUAAACUCUCCACAGAAGGAAACACUUCUUCGUGCGUCGACCAAGCGCUCGCGGAUACAGUGUACCGUCUCGGUCAAUGGGAGUACUCGCGGAUGUACCGCGAUGCGCCGACGUCGCUGGCUGCGUCCGUCGCGUCGUACGGGGUAUGGAUCGCGGAGCUAGCGGCGAAUUUACGCGCUGUUAUUACCUCUGGUGAUGAUGAUGACGAUGAAAAGUCGCUUUUGUAUAGGCACAAUGUGGCGCAUGAUGGGUCUGUUAGUCGCGUGUUGAGUAUUCUGCAGAUCGAGGUCAUGGUGUGGCCGGGGAUGGGGAGUGAGGUUGUUUUCGAGCUUUAUGAACGACGAGGAAGAAAUUUGAUGGAGCGAGAGGAGGAGAAGGAGAGGAAGGACGAUUCGAGUUCGGGAUAUUAUGUGCGGGUGUUGUUUGGUGGACAGGUCCUUCGGUCUUCGAAUCCGAGUCUGGGGGUCAUGGAUAUGCUGCCGGUUGAGACGUUGUUGGCGUACUUUGAUGGGCUAGUUGGUGAGAAUGCUAGUCUUGUGGUGGAUAAGUGUAAUGGGAGUGCUUAA